CCAUAUUUUUCAACCACCCACCCCCUCACCCCAAGUCUCCGAUCGACAGGCCACGAAAAAACAGGCCCUUACAAAACUGGAACUAGAAAUUCAAGGAAUUGUUGCGGUGAGCGAACGAACCCGUUCUCGGCCUCGGAGUGGCGUCCACCUCAGGGUACCGACCGACUAGGUCGCGAACCGGCGAAAACAUGGAUGUCUUUCUCAUGAUUAGAAGAAAGAAGCUAACGAUAUUUACCGAUGCUAAGGACUCCACUACUGUACUGGAACUAAAGAAAAUGAUAGAAGGCAUUAUUAAAGUCUCACCUGAAAACCAGCAACUUUUUAACAAAGAUAAUGUUGAAAUGGAUGACCACAGAGCAUUACAAGACUAUGGCUUGACUGCUAGUUCUGCCAAGGCUCAAUGCCCCGCUCAAAUUGGGCUUGCUGUUAGGGGAGAAGAUGGCAGCUUUGAACAGUUGGAGAUGACCCCCUACUCAUCCCCACCUGAUCUGCCAGAUGUAAUGAAAAACUCAGAAGCAAAUGGUGCGGAACUGCCGUCCUGAGUUUUAGCACGCCUCUCUGGUCUCCAGCUGUGAGCUGUUUGGAACCCCUGCUGGUGUAUGCUUAGUGUAUUCCACUCUUUUUUUUUUUCAAGCAACAAUAACAGACCAUAAAUGUCCAAAGAUUAUACUUGAGUUCACCUUGUGGGGAAAGAGGGUUGUUAUUGGUUAAUUUAUUUGCUAGUUGCACCCAUCAUCAGGGCACACCCUAGCAGGGUGAGUGAGACCAUGUAGAGGAAGCAAGCUUUUGGCACGUGCACUCAAUUUUGAAAAAAUCACUUUGGGUGAAAAUUUUGUGUCUUGGUGAUGUGACGCUCAUUAUUCCACAUUGCAAUUGUGUUCCGUUUAGGCAUGUUUUUUUUUGUUUUAACUUUUCAAUUCCUCAAGUUGUGAGCUGUUGUGCUGGUCUCUUGCUAGUUUCCCAACUUCAUUUAUCCCCCAAUAAUACGUUCUUCACUUCUGUGUGGUUUAGUAGUAUAAAACCUUUUGUCAGAUGAACAUAAUUUUCUAGUGUACAAGAAGCUUUGUUCUGUGUUCCCAACAUCAUUGUUGGUUUGUUACUUUCUCAGUUAAUGUAUUCAAGUCAUAAGUGGAACAAUUAUGCACCUGAAACCGAGCCCAAUGAAUGUACUGAUAUAUCACAAAUUGCUUUGGUUAUUUCAUGUACAUUUAUUUUAUUUCUAUGUAACUAGGUUCAAGUUGUUUAAUUUAUUGUUAGAAUGAAUGAGUAAACUAAGGCUGUAAUUUUUCUUUUUUUAAUAUAUAAAGUUUGAUUGUGCCGCUCUUCAAUUUCUUUUGACAAUUCUUACAGUUAAUGUUUAUUCAUUUCAUUGUUUUAUUGCAAUGAGUUUCUUGUAUUUUUUCAAAGUUGAAAGAUCAAAUUAUUGGUGAAUUUUAAAUGUGUAUAGUUAACUCCCUACCCCACAUUCUCCCCCUUAAACUUAUUAGUGUUCCAGACUAGUACCUGUUGCUUUUGUUAGUUCAAACUUAAGAAAGAAUUGAUCCUCACCAACGACUUCAUGUUUACUUGGCUCUGAGGGUUGUGUUUAAACUUAAAAGAAAAAGAAGUCUCAUGUAUUUUGUUAAUAUGUCAGACAUUGAUAUUAAUUAUCUAAUGAAUGUCUUUUAAAAGAAAGAUGUAAACCAGCCUGAUAAACCCUGGUGUUCCAGAUUGCGUCCUGUACAGGACAAAUGUGCAAAGUCAGCCACCAACGGCUGUUCUGAAAAAAAAAAAAGAUCUAUUGAAAAAUUGCAAGUAAUUAAAUCUUUUCGGAAGCACUGAA